UCCAGGUAUAUGUCACAAGGGAAACACUCAGAAGCAAGAGAACUAAUGUAUUCAGGGGCUUUGCUGUUCUUCAGUCACAACCAGCAAAACAGUGCUGCUGAUCUGUCCAUGCUGGUUUUGGAGUCUUUGGAGAAAUCGGAUGCAAAAGUAGCAGAUGACCUUUUAGAAAACUUGGCAAAAUUGUUUAGUUUAAUGGAUCCAAAUUCUCCUGAAAGAGUGGCUUUCGUAUCCAGAGCACUAAAAUGGUCCAGUGGGGGAUCAGGAAAACUCGGACAUCCAAAACUACACCAGUUACUAGCAAUUACCCUGUGGAAAGAGCAAAACUAUAGUGAAUCUCGCUAUCACUUCUUGCACUCCACAGAUGGUGAAGGGUGUGCAAAUAUGCUAGUAGAAUACUCUUCGUCCAGAGGAUAUCGCAGUGAGGUGGACAUGUUUGUAGCACAGGCAGUACUACAAUUUCUCUGCUUAAAAAAUAAGACCAGCGCAUUGGUUGUUUUUACAACAUACACACAGAAACAUCCCUCGAUAGAAAAGGGUCCACCCUUUGUUCAACCGCUGCUAAACUUCAUCUGGUUUCUGUUACUGGCAGUUGAUGGAGGAAAACUAACAGUAUUUACAGUAUUGUGUGAACAGUAUCAACCUUCACUGAAACGAGAUCCCAUGUAUAAUGAGUACCUAGAUAGAAUAGGACAGCUUUUCUUUGGUGUUCCGCCCAAGCAGACAUCGUCCUACGGAGGAUUACUAGGAAAUCUUUUAAACAGCCUGAUGGGAACUGGAGAAGAUGAUGACACAGAAGAGGGUCAGGAAGACAGCAGUCCUAUCGAGCUCGACUGAAUGUUGUUGUCACUGGGUGCCGUGUAAAUCUGAUGAUUCGAUAACUCCAAAGACAGUUUUGGAAUUUGAAUCCUGCAGUUGUCUCUUGGCGCCUAAAAGGGCUCCUCUGAUCUUUUAGAAAUGGUUGCUGAAAUGUUUAUAAUGUUCGGUCUAUAUUAUUUAUGUAAAAAA